AUUCAUCUUCAUUUUCUCAGAACACAGAGCCAAAGAGGGUUUUAGAGUGAGGAGAUUCUCACUUCAUCCUCAUCAUCAUCAAAUCCAAAACCCAUCUUUGAAUCCCUCAAUAAUCAGAGGAAGAUUGUAAGGAGGAAAGGUGAUCAAGGAAUAUAAGUAUUUUCAACAAUGGCUGCUCUCAUUCAAUGUGGCAGAAAUGUUCUACGGGGACUCGUUAAGAAGACGGUCUUACAUCGCUGUUCUGAUUCAUUGUAUAAUCCCUUCCUAUUUGCCAGUCAAGGUAUAAGAUACAGAAAAUUGGAAAUCAUACUUACUACGAGUGUAGAGAAGCUUGGGAAGGCUGGUGAGACUGUGAAAGUAGCGCCUGGAUAUUUCAGGAAUCAUUUGAUGCCCAAGAUGUUUGCUGUACCAAAUAUCGAAAAGUAUGCCUACCUUAUCAGGGAACAAUGCAAGCUUCACCAGCCUGAGGAAGUGGAGGCAGUGGUGAAAGUUGUUCCUCAAACGAAGGAGGAUAAGAUGAAAAAAUAUCAGGCAGCAGCUAAACGCUUAGAUAAUGCUCGACUGGUGCUGAGGAGGCAAAUUCGAGUAAACAAAGACUCAGGUACGUCAGUAUAUGAACUGCAAUCACCUGUGACCAGAGAUGAGCUUGCGGCUGAGGUGGCAAGACAACUUUGUGUGAAUAUCCAGCCAGAAAACUUGUACUUACCUGAACCCUUUUCAACUGUGGACUCAUUUGAGGUGCCACUGCAUCUGCCGAAAUCCAUUCCAUUGCCAGAGGGAAAGGUUCGCUGGACUCUAGAUGUUAAAGUCAGAGGAAAAUAAAUUAGUAUGUUUUCUUAAAUAUAUCUUGACUCGUCUUUAAUGUUCUUUUUAUGGAAGAACUGUCAGUUUUUUGUGGAUACUAUCAAAAAUGUGGUAUCAGUUAGCUUCGUUGAUCCAUUUUGUCUCUUUAGGCCCUUUCCGUGCUUAUCAAUGCGAACGAAACUUGUUACUGGAGGAAAAAUAAUUCUUUGUUUGAAUUACAGAUUUUACAUGAGUAAAGCAGUUUGUAGAUUCAUCGGAGAAUCUCAUUUUGUUUGUAUUGAUGUUUGCUAAUAAUGUUGUAGAUUUCAUUUUACAAUGAAACUGAAUUACUUGAAACAGCACGCAUCCAGUCAAAACCUGUCUUCUUCAUGCACCAACCUUUUCGACCACAGGAUAGCUGACUGGGCAUCCCGCUUCCUUGCUCCGAUUGUUAUGUGUCUUAUGACCACGAGAUAGUGAUGGAGCUUCUUGUGUGCAGUAACUGUUGUGUCUAACAGAUGGCGAAACCCAUAUUUACAGACCAGAUAAAUGAUUGACUUCGGUCCAGUACAAUUGACUUCUGUUGACCAUGAUGCAGGCCGAAAACCUACCUCCGGUGAUUCAAAAGCAGAGUUUCAGACUUACAGUACAAAGGUUACCUUGAUCAUCUCAAGACUUGGACAAGGAUUUAAAUGAGGCAUUCUCGAAUUAUCUCGAGUCGGCUUCAUUUUACUCCCCUGGAUCGUUCUGGACAUGUCAAUUUCCAUUGCGAGUCGUCGGCUAUAUUUUAUCAUUACCCUUAAACAUGCUUAUCAGCUGGUUAUGUAAUUUAUGUAUGAGACAUCAAUCAAUCCUAGACGAGAAGAAAAUUCUUCUAAUGAAAUGAUACUAAUUGAUUUUGUUUAGUCGAAUGGUAUUUAUA